CGGCCCCAUUUCUUUCCUUUCGCCUGCAGCAGCUUGGAGAAGCGAGUAGCGAGGAUGGCGCCAGCAGCAACCUUGAGGAAAGUACUCAUCAGCGACAGCCUGGACCCCUGUUGCAAGCAGAUCUUGCAGGCGUCCGGCAUCAGUGUCCUGGAGAAGGCCAACCUCAGCAAGGAGCAGCUGUUAGCUGAGAUCAAGGACUGUGAUGGGCUCAUUGUACGAUCAGCAACCAAAGUGACUGCAGAUGUCAUCAAUGCUGCUGAGAAGCUACAGGUCAUUGGAAGAGCUGGCACUGGUGUUGACAAUGUGGAUGUUGAGGCUGCUACGAGGAGAGGGGUCCUGGUCAUGAACACACCUACCGGCAACAGCCUCAGUGCAGCAGAGCUGACAUGUGGUAUGAUCAUGAGUCUGGCCAGGCAGAUACCACAGGCUGCAGCUUCAAUGAAGGAAGGGAAAUGGGAUCGAAAGAAGUUCAUGGGGAUGGAGCUUCAGGGGAAGACUCUGGGCAUUCUAGGCCUAGGCAGGAUUGGACGAGAAGUGGCUAUCCGGAUGCAAUCCUUUGGCAUGAAGACUAUAGGCUAUGACCCCAUCAUCACGCCCAAGGAGUCUGCUGCUUUUGGUGUUGAACAGCUGCCUUUGGAAAAGAUCUGGCCGCUGUGUGAUUUCAUCACUGUCCACACGCCACUCCUGCCUUCCACCACAGGGCUCCUGGGUGAUGCCACCUUUGCUCAGUGCCGGCGUGGGGUCCAGGUGAUCAACUGUGCCCGAGGAGGCAUUAUAGAUGAAGGGGCUCUUCUCCGGGCCCUCCAGUCUGGCCAGUGUGGGGGAGCAGCCCUAGAUGUUUUCACAGAGGAGCCACCCAAGGACAAGGCUUUGGUAAACCACCCUAAUGUAAUCAGCUGCCCCCACUUGGGUGCCAGCACCAGAGAAGCUCAAAGUCGCUGCGGCAGGGAGAUUGCAGUGCAAAUAGUGGACUUAGCCCAGGGAAGGGCAUUGGUUGGUGCUGUAAAUGGGCAAGCUCUCAGCAGCGCGUAUGCAUCUCAUACCAAGCCAUGGAUUGCAUUGGCCAGAGCUCUGGGGAUUGUGCUGCGUGCAUUGACCCACCAAAUGAAUGGAGGCGUGCAGGUUGUCACUCAUGGCUCGACCUUGCAGAGGGCAGGCAGUUACCUGAUCCCUGCGGUGGCAAUUGGUCUCCUUAAAGAAACUGCACAGAAGGAUGUGAACCUUGUGAAUGGGCUGCUCCUGGCACAGGAGGCUGGACUGAAGAUUGCCACCACCCACAGUGACAGAGCACCGAGUGAUGAAGAGGGAUUGUUGCAACUUGCUGCACAAGAUACCCCUUAUGUGCUAGUUGGCUCUGUGCAAGGCAGCAUUCCUGUCCUACAUGAACUCAGUGGAACAGUCUUCAAACAGCUUGUUCCUCUCACUGGCACUCUGCUCUUCUACAGAUCCAAGGCCUCCCCUACCAGUCUGUUGCCAACUGUUAUCGGGCUGUUGGGGAAGGCCAAAGUAGAGUUGUUGUCAUACAACCAUUCCAGCAUCGUAACUGGGCAGGAGUGGAAUGUCAUGAAUAUAUCUUCUGCUCUGCAAAGCCUGCAGGAACUGAUGCAACAUGUGACAGAAGUUGUUCAGGUUACCCUUUAAGCUGAGCAAGUUUCCUUAAUAAAAUCUUAUACAUUCCAAUAAAAAGAAUUUGCAGAA